UGGUAAUAAAUGAGUUCAGAGUUGUCUUUCUUUCUCUUAUCCAUUGAUAUUUUCAGCUCACUGGCUUUCAGCUUUAUUUUCUUUUUCCAUCUUCAAUUCUGUCAGAUCUAUUCAGUAAAUCGAGUUCAUAAUUCAGAAUAUGGUGAUUGAGUAUUCAGAUCCGUCUUAGCUUGGAUCCAUCUAAAGGAAAAACAAAAAACCCGCUUCCAUUCCUUCUUCCAAAUCCCUAAAUUUACCUGUUUCCCCUUUUGUUUUCACUCCAGGGAAACACAAACAUGUGUAUACAAGUCGGGUCUUAUGCUGAAAUCAUUUUGGGAUCUUUUUCUCUUAUCUUGAUAAAUAGCUCGUGAAACGGUAGUUUUACAUUUAGACAGUAUGUGUUUGCUCCAGAGUAUGAUGAAUUACUUCCCAGAGGAAGUAUUGGAGCACGUAUUCGACUUUGUCACGUCUCAUCGAGACCGUAAUGCGGUAUCUUUAGUGUGUAAAUCGUGGUACAGUGUUGAGAGAUUUAGUCGGGAGAGGGUUUUCAUAGGCAAUUGUUAUGCUGUGAAUCCGGAGCGCCUGAUUGCUAGGUUCCCUAGGGUUAGGUCGUUGACUCUAAAGGGGAAGCCCCAUUUUGCAGAUUUCAAUUUGGUACCUCAAGAUUGGGGUGGGUAUGUGUUCCCUUGGAUCGAGGCCAUGGCAAAGAACGGAAUAAAUCUGGAGGAGCUUAGGUUGAAGAGGAUGGUGGUGUCUGAUGAGAGCCUUGAACUGCUUGCAAAGUCUUUCCCCAAUUUUAAAUCCUUGGUCUUAGUUAGCUGUGAAGGGUUCUCCACCGAUGGCCUUGCUGCCAUUGCAUCUAACUGCAGGUUUCUCAGGGAGCUUGACCUGCAAGAAAACGAAGUUGACGAACGCAAAGGUCAGUGGCUCGGCUGUUUCUCCGAAAAUUCAAAGUCUCUCGUCACUUUAAAUUUCGCAUGCCUGAGAGGAGAAGUCAACCUAUCCGCUCUCGAGCGACUGGUAGCGAGAAGUCCCAACCUUAGGAGCCUUAGGCUGAACCCUAGUGUGCCUCUCGACGCUCUUCACAAGAUUCUGACUCAAGCCCCUCAACUGAACGAUCUAGGGACCGGAUCUUUUGUCCACGACCCCGAUUCAGAGGCCUGCGGCAAAUUGAAAAGCACUUUGGAGAAAUGCAAGUCGAUUAGAAGCUUGUCUGGUUUUCUCGACGUGAACCCACGAUGCUUGCCUUGUGUCUACCCUGUUUGCACUAACUUGACGUCGUUGAACUUGAGCUACGCGCCGGGAAUCUACAGCAAUGAGCUGAUAAAGCUCAUUUCUCAUUGCAAGAAAUUAGAGCGUCUAUGGAUACUAGACAGCAUCGGGGAUAAAGGGCUAAAUGCCGUGGCCUCCACAUGCAAAGAGCUUCAAGAGCUCAGAGUUUUCCCAUCCGACUUAUACGAUGCAGGCGUGACAGAAGAAGGGCUCGUUUCCAUAUCGUCCGGAUGUGCCAAGCUAAAUUCCUUACUUUACUUUUGUCAGCAAAUGACCAAUGCUGCCCUCAUCACUGUGGCUAAAAAUUGUCCCAAUUUCAUCCGCUUCCGGCUCGCGACCCUAAACCCUACCAUACCAGAUGCAGUGACGAAUGAACCUCUGGACGAGGGUUUUGGGGCUAUUGUGCAGUCGUGCAAGGGGUUGAAGCGGCUAUCGAUCUCGGGCCUUCUAACAGAUAAGGUAUUCUUGUACAUAGGAAUGUACGCGGAGCAGCUGGAGAUGCUGUCGAUUGCCUUUGCUGGGGAGAGUGAUAAGGGAAUGGCUUACGUGCUGAAUGGGUGCAAGAAAAUGAAGAAGCUGGAAAUCAGGGACAGCCCUUUUGGUAAUAAGGCACUUCUUACGGACGUGGGCAAGUAUGAGACAAUGCGAUCCCUUUGGAUGUCGUCCUGUGAAGUGACGUUCGAGGCAUGCAAGAUGCUUGCCCAGAAAAUGCCGAGGCUCAAUGUCGAAAUUAUCAACGAUGGUGAUUCGGAUGAGGGAAGCAGAGAUGAUGGGCAUAGGGUGGAGAAGAUGUACCUCUACCGGACCCUGGUUGGGCCUAGGAAGGAUGCGCCCCAUUUUGUGUGGACUCUGUAGCAUUUCUAGCUUAAAAUAUGUUUUGUUUGUUGCAAUUUGUGUUAAAGGUGGUUCGAUUAUUGGACCUUUCAAUUUGUAACAUAGGCAACUUGGCCAUGUUCUGCUCAGUUUGGGUAUGAGUAAUGACCUUUGUUACACGUUUUUGGAAUUAGUGGAGUUUUGAUGGUUGAUUUA